AUGAGGUCACGGCGUGGCGAGGCUGCCUUGGAGGCGAGGGGCCUUGCUAGGAAACCGCAAGGGGUCAGGAACCCAAGAGGACCCGCUGCGGGGGUCUACAGCCACCACCGCUCGCCGCAGCGCCCGGCACAGAGAACUAUGCGCGGAACUCAGCGGGCGGAGCCUCGCGGAGCCGCGCAGGGACUGCCGGGAAAUGUAGUGCGUGCAGCCCCGUCCGCGACGUCUCGCGGUUCGCUGGGCGCCGCAGGCGACUACAAGUCCCAUCAGCUCCCGCGAGGCCUUGCUGCCGGGGUUGCAGGGAAGGGAGGGAGUUGGCGCGAACAUGGCGGCAGGCGGCCGGUGCGGCUGAACGUUCAGCGGGGUUCCGGGCAGGCAGGACCUGGUCGCCAGCACUGGCGGCUGCAACUUUCCGGAACACCAGCUGCCGGAGCUAAACAUGCCCGCUUUCCACGUGGGCGCCUUUGGGGAGCUGUGGCGUGGCCGGCUGCGCGGGCCGGGGACUUGUCGCUGAGGGAGCCGCCAGCACCCGCGCUGCCCGGGCGUGGAGAGGUCGCGGACUCGGACCGGGAGGAUGCCGCGGUGGCGCGGGAUCCGGGCUGCAGUCUGCAGGCGGCGGCCGGGCUCAGGGCGAUGUGUGGGGUUAGAAGGAAGUUCCUGGAACAUUGGGAAGAAACCAUUAUGAUAGAUCCUGUCUGCAGACAAGAAACAUUUGCUUUUGAGAUGCCUUCCGGACUUUAGUCAACAUCACUUGCAUAACUGCGGUGUGAGUGGCUGUGGAGAGCAGGGAAUGAGGGAAGGGCACCGCAGCAAACCUGCCAGCAACCGAGAAGACUUGCGCCUGUUGGGAAAAUGCAACAGCCACAGGGCCACGGACACAAUUAUAAAGAUUGAUCGUGUUACAGGAAUAGUUGUGAAUCUGAUGAGCCUCACAAAGUAUGUGGAGGAGGCAAUUAUGAAGCCCCUUGGUUAUCUGGAUCUAGAUGCGCUGUUCUUUGCCAACGGUGCAAGCUCGGCAGAAAGCCUAGCUGUGCAAUCAGGGAAAGCCUCCAGAAAUUUUUUUCUCUGGGAUUUCUUUAUGAAGUAAUAGUGUAUGAAAUGGACAAUUAUAUUGCAGUCCAACAAGGGGAAUCGCUCUUAGGAGUCGACGUUGUAGAAAGACUACUUUUUUUGCUUAUGUGGGAAAGAUCUUUACCCCCUGGAGUAUUAAGAAGAAGUCAUCGCAUAAUUGCCAUCCUCCACGCUGGGUUCUGUAGUGCCUCCUUUAUCGAAACCAGUGUGAGACCUGUUUCAAACAUAAAUGUAUUCUGGAUUCAAAUUUGUAAUAUAUCCUGAAUGUCAUUUAGAGAGUCUUUUGUCUGGAGAUUAAAAACCAGUUUAUUUCCAGCAAAAUGUUUUGAUGUAAAAUAUUUUGAAAACAAAGAUCUGUUUUUGUUGU